UACGGGUUUCUAUCUGACGUCAUUAAAGUGUGACGCGUGUAUGUGUCGUGAUCGAAAUUGGCCAUUUAUAACGAUUAAAAAUGAACGAACUGUCAUUUCAUUGGUAAAAACGUACAGUCAGUGUCAUUCGAAUGAAUCCUGUACUCAAAGUAAAUGACGAAUGACAGAAUUUCGUGACCAAAUAUUCACAUAUUAGCUUCAUGUGAUUGCAAGCUGAGUAAAAACACUGUGACACGUGAGGACGUUUACCCACGGGCCUCUCCGUUAUAACAUUACAAUGAACCUCACGGAAGAUCAGGAAGGGUAUAUGUUUCCCGUUUGUGACGGAUUGUUUGCUGAAACUUUCUCCGAGGAUAGUGUUUACAGGUUCGGAAAACAGGAGUUAAAGAUAAGGCAGCUGUUCGGCGCUAAUCUCGGCGUGGCCGCGCCGGUGUGGGACGCUGCACUCUGUCUCUGUCGCUACAUGGAAGAAAAAAUGCUGGACUUGAAGGGAAAGAGAGUAAUUGAGCUGGGAGCCGGGACUGGUGUCGUGGGCAUCCUGGCAGCACGCUUGGGAGCAUCUGCGACUUUGACUGAUCUUCCUCACGCCAUUCCUCAACUGGAAAGCAAUGUGUCUGCAAACAUGCCCCAGUGUGGGUGGCCCUCUACCACCCCCACAGUAAUCCCUCUGUCCUGGGGCUUGGAUCAUCGUCAGUUUGCCACAGACUGGGAUCUCGUUCUGGGCGCUGACAUCGUGUACUUAUCAGAAACCUAUACUUUACUGCUGGACACACUGACUCAUCUGUGCGAUGGGGGGGCGGUCUUGUACCUUUCAUCUAAGAUGCGCAGGGAGCACGGUACCCCUGACUUCUUUGAGAACAUUCUGCCACAGAGGUUCGACUGCCAGCUGGUGUACAGUGACACAGGGCAGAAUAUAAGCAUCUACUGUGCCACCCUGAGAAAAGAUGGAAGUAAAACUAUGAAGUCUUGCAGAUGACGUGGUGCAAAGGCAGCACAACAUAAAACAGUGUGUGUGAGUCACAUUUAAUUGUCAGCAGCACUCUGUGCUCUGGAAGCCUGAGUCCCAAAAUAAUAGAAUGCAACCUUUUUUGAGAAUUGUAAUUGCUGUUUAAGGUCUUCCAUAAUAUAGUGGACUUUUAACAACAUAUUUAGAUAAUUAAAACUUUUUAUUGAUUUUGUAUUUGGUUUUCAGAACUAAUAUUUUCAUGCUACAGCACCAAUAACUGUACUGUUCAAAUUGAACUACAAUGGUAUUAUGUAGAAAUAAAGAAAGAAAAGACCACA